AACGGCGGCAUGCCGGCUCCCUUCCAAGGCCCCCCACUCAGCAGGAGGUGGAUCAUGCUGUGAGGCGUGCGUGCGUGGGGCCCCACUUCUCAUUUCGGACAGCAUCAGAAGAGCAGCCGUUUCAGAGCAGAGGAAAGGGAAAGGGGGGCAGCAUCAGACAUGCGCUGGCCGGUGCUGCUGACGCUGCAGGCCGCGCUGGCUUCCCUCAGCCAGGCCAUGCAGCACUACCCCUCCGUCUGGGGCCACUACGACGUCUGCAAGUCACAGGUCUACACCGAUGAAGGCCUGAUCUGGGAUUACAUGGCCUGCCAGCCGGAGGCCACCGACAUGACAAAGUAUUUGAGGGUGACCCUUGACCCCCCCAACAUCACCUGCGGUGACCCGCCUGAGACUUACUGCGCUUUGGAAAAUCCGUACAUGUGCAACAACGAAUGCGACGCCACCACGGAGGAGCUGGCCCACCCCCCCGAGUUGAUGUUUGACUUCGAGGGCCGCAACCCCACCACGUUCUGGCAGUCAACCUCCUGGAAGAAGUACCCACGGCCGCUGCAGGUGAACAUCACCCUGUCCUGGAACAAGACCAUCGAGCUGACGGACGACAUUGUGAUCACGUUCGAGUCGGGCCGCCCUGAGCAGAUGGUGCUGGAGAAGUCACUGGACUACGGGCGCACCUGGCAGCCGUACCAGUUCUACGCCACCGACUGCCUGGAUGCCUUCACCAUGGAGCCCAAGACGGUGCACGAGCUCACACAGCAGACCCUGCUCGAUAUCAUCUGCACUGAGGACUACUCGCGCGGCUACGUGUGGAAGUACGACAAGACGGUCCGCUUUGAGAUCAAAGACCGCUUCGCCCUGUUCGCCGGGCCCCGGCUGCACAACAUGGCAUCCCUCUACGGCCAGCUGGACACCACCAAGAACCUGAGGGACUUCUUCACCAUCACUGACCUCAGAAUACGGCUCCUCCGGCCAGCCACCGGCACCACCAUGGUGGACGAGUACAACCUGUCACGCUACUUCUAUGCCAUAUCCGAUGUCAAGGUGCAGGGAAGGUGCAAGUGCAACCUUCACGCCAACAGCUGCGUCUUCGACAAAGACAGGCUCAGCUGUGAGUGCGAGCACAAUGCGACCGGCCCAGACUGCGGGAGGUGCAAGAAGAACUACCAGGGCCGCGCAUGGAGCGCCGGCUCCUACCUGCCAAUCCCGAAGGGAACAGCGAACAUAUGUCUCCCGAAUAAUCUUGGUCCUGUUAUCCGGCCGAACAUUUCAUCUCUAGGGGUCGCAAACCGAAAUCAAGCCCGAGUGUGUGACAGCCUGAUGAUGCGUUGCCAGAAUGGCGGCGUGUGCCACAACAACCAGCGCUGUCAGUGUCCCGCCGGCUUCACCGGGCUGCUGUGUGAGAAGCCACGCUGCGAGGGCGCCCCCGGCGGCUGCCCCGGCGCCAAGUCAGCUGGCGAUGCCCUAUUCCCCGUCCCCAUGCCCACCCCACUGCCACUGCUCACUGCCUCUCUCCUCGCCCUCCUCCAGGGGGCGCUCUGAGGAGAGGGAGGAGAUUAC